CACACGGCGUUUACAACCAGGAACCAGGAAGUGUGAGCUGCUGUUACUGACUGAGAGUGUUUGUUUUUCAGUAAAAUGGAAGAAGCGAAUAUUUUUGUUGCUCAGGAUCAUUUCAGCUGUCCAAUCUGUCUGGAUCUGGUCAAGGACCCAGUAGCUCUUUCGUGUGGACACAGUUUCUGUAUGGUCUGUAUUAAUGGCUGCUGGGAUCAGGAGGAUCAGCAGGGAGUCUAUAGCUGUCCUCAGUGUAGACAAACCUUCACUCCAAGACCUGCUGUGAGUAAAAACACCAUGCUGGCUGAAGUAAUGGAGACACUGAAGAAGACAGGACUCCAAGCUACACGUCCUGCUCAGUGUUCAGCUGGACCUGAAGAUGUUGAGUGUGAUUCCUGUACUGAGAGCAAAUCCAAAGCCAUCAAGUCCUGCCUGGUGUGUCUGGCCUCUUUCUGUGAAACUCAUCUCCAGCCUCACUAUAAAUCUCAUGCCUUUAAGAAGCACAAGCUGGUCGAAGCCUCCAGACGACUUCAGGAUCAGAUCUGCUCUCAGCAUGACAAACUGCUGGAGGUUUACUGUCGCACUGACCAGCAGUGUAUCUGCAUGUUGUGUACUAUGGAUGAACAUAAAGGACAUGAUACAGUAUCAGCUACAACAGGAAAAGCUGAGAAACAGAAGCAGUUGUUGGAGACACAGGAGAAAUCAAAGCAGAGAAUCCAGGAUAGAGAGAAAGAGCUUCAGAAGCUGAGGAAGGCUGUAAAGUCUCAUAAGCAUUCUGCACAAAAGGCAUUUCAGGAAACUGAGAGGAUAUUUACUGAUCUUAUAAAAGCCAUUGAGAGAAGAUGCUCUGAUGUGAAAGCACUGAUCAGAGCUCAGGAGAAAGCUGCAGUGAGUCAAGCUGAAAAGGUCUUGAAGCAACUGGAGCAGGAGAUUGCAGAGCUGAAGAAGAGAGACUCUGAAAUGGAGGAACUUUCACACACAGAAGAUCCCAUCCAGUACCUUCAGAGAUUUCAGUCUGUCUCGACCCUGCCUGGACCUUCAGACUCACCCAACAUUACGAUCAGUCCUCUUCUAACUUUUGAGGGUGUCAUAAAGUCUAUGUCUCACCUGAAAAUGAAAAUAGAAGAAUGCUGUAAUGCUGAUUUUGAGAAGAUAUCAAGUGGAGUGAGAAAUGUCUGGAUUUUUCCAACUCCUGUUGCUGCUCACAUCUCUGCACCAGCCAAGGGCCUGACAGAACUCUAUGACAGAACUCGCCUGACAGACUUGGUUUUGAACCCGAAACCUCGUACUUUAAAAAAAAAAAAAACGUACUCCCAAAGGUAUGUAAAUACAUUUAUCUGUCUUUCUAACAUACAAUUAUUUCAGCUGAUUGUCUACUUUUGGGGCAAAUAUCAGUCACAUGUUUUAAUUUUAAGCUGAAAUGUUUACUGAAUUGGCUUUAAUUGUAUUUCUUUAGAAAUGUUCCUUCAGGCUUCAGGUUACUCAUCUUAGACACAGUAUAGUUGAUCAAGGUAAGUAUCUCUCUCUGUUUUAGAAGCACAUCUUAAAAACCCUAUAAAAACAUUUACAUACUGUACAUACAACAUAUUACACCAUUAAUAAAAAUAGGCUUGUUAAAAAUAGAAUAAACGUAGCUGUGUUUAAUUGUGCUUUAGUGGACUAUGACUCUUAUUCUCGCAGAACUAAAGAAAAAGAAGGUAUGUACAUUUAGCUCUCUCUCUCUCUCUCUCUCUCUCUCUCUCUCUCUCUGUCUUUGUUGUACACACACUAAUUAUUUCGGCUGGAAUUUAAAACAAAAUCAAAAAGUGUGGCUGAUAUUUACCCUCAAAGUCACAGCCAUAACUGUAUUUUUUGUGUUUCUGUAGAUCGGGACCGUUCUAAUGUUUUCAUUUUUAACCUUAGAAGAAGAAAUAAUGAGUGUUUUAAGUGCAUCUCUCUGUCUCUCCAUGUGUUUAGGGAAAUUACCCUAUUUUGCCCUCUGAACAAACUUCAGUAUACAUGAUAUAUGUUUUAAUACUUUUUGUGUGUGAUUAUGAUGUUACUGGAGCUUUUUUCUUGCUACACUUUCUCUUUUUAACUGGUUUAUUAAAUAAAACUGAUGAUAAUCAAGAAAGUGAAAUGUAGUGCUACUUUUCUGGGUUUUUAUGUUAGGUCUUGUCCUAUAAUUUUAAUAGAGAUUAUGUUUAAGUAGUUUUUACUAUAACUCAUCAUUUUUACUCUUUUCCAAUGUCUUUCAUUCAGGACCUGGUUAAUUUGAGAAACCAGAAGCUCCACAAACACUGACACUGACAGCGCUCCUCAGACUACAGUCUCUCUCUCUCUCUCUCUCUCUCUCUCUCUCUCUCUCUCUCUCUCUCUCUCUCUCUCUGUCAUUCUGUAAUAUAACCAAAUUUAUCACAAUUUCUUAUCCCACUUGUUCAUGUUAUGGAAUAAUCAGUGCAAUAAUUAUAGAAUUAAAUUAGUAUUAAAGAUGUUUAUAAUGGAUGUGUUUUAUAAAUAAAUAUCUUUAUCAUCAUCUCCACGCCUAUAUAAUUUUAUUCCCCAAUUUUAUUAGAUGUCCUUGUAAUAACUUCCCAUGAGUAUUUAAAGCAGCUGGUUCAGCAACAAGUACUUAUGUUGUUCAUGUACUUGUGUUGUUCUGACAUAAAAGCUUUAAUAAUAAUUUUUACCAAGAUUAUAAAAAAGAAGUUUGCUUAAUUUUUUUAGAUUGUAAGUUGUAUUUAUUUAUGUAACAAACAGUUUUGCUUUUGUUGUUUUGUUUAACUUUGAUUUGUUUGUUAUCUGCAAUGAGCAGUGCUGUACAAUUCUUUUGUCUUGAUUCACAUGUUCUACUAAAAAUAUACAAUAA